GCACCACUGAGGAAGGAAAACAGGAUUGUGGUGGCAUUGGGUCAGUUGAAACAAGACAAAGAGGCAGUUCAGCUUGCAUUUGGUCACAUUUCUGGCUGAAGCCAUGGGACUUCUCUUACGUGUGGUGCUGCUAUGGAUGCUCUCAAUUGGAGAACUUCAAGCAUACUCUAAAGCUCCCUAUAUUGGCUUUGAGGGUGGCUAUCAAAAUCCUGAUGCUAGUAAAUCCCAGAAGAUUUCAAGUUAUAGGCCCCAGGUGCCUAGCUACGAACCCAAGCACCAGCCCAGGCCCCAGGUUCCAAGCUACCAGCCCAAGCCCCAGCCCAGGCCCCAGGUUCCAAGCUACCAGCCCAAGCCCCAGCCCAGGCCCCAGGUUCCAAGCUACCAGCCCAAGCCCCAGCCCAGGCCCCAGGUUCCAAGCUACGAACCAAGGCCCCAGGUUCCAAGCUACCAGCCCAAGCCCCAGCCCAGGCCCCAGGUUCCAAGCUACCAGCCCAAGCCCCAGCCCAGGCCCCAGGUUCCAAGCUAUGAACCAAGGCCCCAGGUACCUAGCUACCAGCCCAAGCCCCAGGUGCCAAGCUACGAACCAAGGCCCCAGGUUCCAAGCUACCAGCCCAAGCCCCAGCCCAGGCCCCAGGUUCCAAGCUACGAACCAAGGCCCCAGGUGGCAAGCUACGAACCCAAGCCCCAGCCCAGGCCCCAGGUGCCAAGCUACGAACCAAGGCCCCAGGUUCCAAGCUACCAGCCCAAGCCCCAGCCCAGGCCCCAGGUUCCAAGCUACGAACCAAGGCCCCAGGUGCCCAGCUACCAGCCCAGGCCCCAGGUGCCAAGCUACGAACCAAGGCCCCAGGUUCCAAGCUACCAGCCCAAGCCCCAGCCCAGGCCCCAGGUUCCAAGCUACGAACCAAGGCCCCAGGUGCCCAGCUAUGAACCCAAGCCUCAGCCCAGGCCCCAGGUUCCAAGCUACCAGCCCAAGCCUCAGCCCAGGCCCCAGGUUCCAAGCUACCAGCCCAAGCCUCAGCCCAGGCCCCAGGUUCCAAGCUACCAGCCCAAGCCUCAGCCCAGGCCCCAGGUUCCAAGCUACCAGCCCAAGCCUCAGCCCAGGCCCCAGGUUCCAAGCUACGAACCAAGGCCCCAGGUGCCAAGCUACGAACCCAAGCCCCAGCCCAGGCCCCAGGUUCCAAGCUACGAACCAAGGCCCCAGGUGCCUAGCUACAAACCAAGGCCCCAGGUUCCAAGCUACCUGCCCAAGCCCCAGCCCAGGCCCCAGGUUCCAAGCUACCAGCCCAAGCCCCAGCCCAGGCCCCAGGUGCCUAGCUAUGAGCCCCAGCCCCAGCCCAGGCCCCAGGUGCCUAGCUAUGAACCCAAGCCCCAGAUUACUUCCUUUCAGCCAAGGUCCCAGGCAUCUUACCAGCCCAGGCCCCAGGUUCCAAGCUACCAGCCCAAGCAGCAGCCUCAGCCCAGGCCCCAGGUGCCCAGCUACCAGCCCAAGCAGCAGCCUCAGCCCAGGCCCCAGGUGCCCAGCUACCAGCCCAAGCAGCAGCCUCAGCCCAGGCCCCAGGUGCCAAGCUACCAGCCCAAGCAGCAGCCUCAGCCCAGGCCCCAGGUGCCCAGCUACCAGCCCAAGCAGCAGCCUCAGCCCAGGCCCCAGGUGCCCAGCUACCAGCCCAAGCCCCAGAUUACUUCCUUUCAGCCAAGGUCCCAGGCAUCUUACCAGCCCAGGCCCCAGGUUCCAAGCUAUGAACCAAGGCCCCAGGUUCCAAGCUACCAGCCCCAGCCCGGGCCCCAGGUUCCAAGCUAUGAACCAAGGCCCCAGGUUCCAAGCUAUGAACCAAGGCCCCAGGUGCCACGCUACGAACCCAAGCCCCAGCCCAGGCCCCAGGUGCCCAGCUACGAACCAAGGCCCCAGGUGCCAAGCUACCAGCCCCAGCCCAGGCCCCAGGUGCCACGCUACCAGCCCAAGCAGCAGCCUCAGCCCAGGCCCCAGGUGCCCAGCUACCAGUCCAGCAGUAAUACUGGUUUUGAUCCCCUUCCUUCCCAGUCUGAAGGCACAACUGGUGUUGGCUACAGACCUGCCACCUCAGGAGGUGCAUCAUCUCUUCAAUGAAUUGAUCUCUUUGAAAAAUAAAAUGCAGUUUGUCUAUA